GUUUAAUAAUAAGUCAAAAUAACGUGUUGUAUUAAUUGUUUGUGUUUAACUUUCAAACUUUUUUAAUUCAAUAAAUAAGGCGAUGCUCUUAAUAAAAAAUGAAUGAAAACGAUGGAAAAGAAUUCGCAGAACUGGGUGUAAAGCAGUGGCUCAUCAAACAAUUGUAUACAUUAGGUAUAAAAACUCCAACCCCUAUCCAAAAAGGUUGCAUAUCACAAAUACUAGAAGGACAUGACUGUAUAGGAGCAGCAAAAACUGGCUCAGGGAAGACAUUUGCAUUUGCUUUACCAAUAUUACAACAUUUGGCGGAGGAUCCUUAUGGUAUAUUUGCAUUGGUGCUCACUCCAACACAUGAAUUGGCUUAUCAGAUAGCAGACCAGUUUCUAAUACUAGGACAGCAGUUAAAACUAAGAGUAUGCAUAGUGACUGGAGGUUCAGACCAGCUAGAGGAGUCUCUCAAACUGGCCAAGAGGCCCCACAUUGUGGUCGCGAUGCCUGGCCGUCUAGCCGACCAUAUCACUGGCUGUGACACAUUCAGUUUGAAGAAAAUCAAGUAUUUAGUGUUGGAUGAAGCUGACAGGCUCUUCAGUGAAUCAUUUGAAGGUGAUUUGCAGACGAUAUUUGAAGCUCUGCCACAGAAGCGACAAAACCUUCUGUUCUCAGCAACAAUCACAGAUGCUGUCAGAGAGUCCAAAUCACUGCCUUUAAAUAAAGACAAGCUCAUAACAUGGUCGGAGAGCGACCCGCAGCUGACGGUGUCGACGCUGGAGCAGCGCUACGUGGUGUGUCCGGCGUACGCGCGCGACGUUUACCUCGUCCAGACGCUGCGCAAGUACCGCGACACCAAGCCCAGCUCGCACGUCAUCGUCUUCACUGACACCAAGAAAGAAUGCCAAGUGCUGUCGAUGAUGUUGAACGCCAUCGGCAUGGACAACGUGUGCCUGCACGGCUUCAUGCGCCAGAGGGAGCGCGUGUCUGCGCUGAGCCAGUUCCGCAGCAACCUCAAGUGCACCCUGAUAGCCACCAACGUGGCGGCGCGCGGGCUGGACAUCCCCUCCGUGGACCUGGUCGUCAACCACAAACUACCCCUCGAGCCGAGGGAGUACAUACACAGGGUAGGUCGCACGGCGCGCGCGGGUCGCAACGGGAUGGCAAUAUCUCUCAUAACACCGUACGACAUAUUGCGACUCGGCGAAAUCGAGGAGCAGAUCAAGACUAAACUCAGCGAGUACAAAAUCGAUGACGACGAAGCGGUGAAGGUGUUCACGACGGUGAGCGUGACGCGGCGCGAGCAGGAGGCGCAGCUGGACAACGAGGAGUUCGAGCAACGCAAGCGGAACUACAGGAUCAAGCGAUGGAUCAUGGCCGGCGUCGACCCCGACCGCAUGGAGGCUGGUUUAGAAGAAAUGCGUCUAAAACGCAUCAAAGCUGCCAAAAAAGCCAAACUGGCUAAAAUAAAAGAGAUCCAAGCACAGAUAAAGAGUGACGAAACAAAACAGGACAAUACAAUACACGUACCACAAACAAACACAGAAGACAUAGACGCAACAAUAAAACAAAGUAUGAAAAAAGUGAACAAAUCUUUGAUGAAAAAGGACGAUCGUUUUAAGAAUGUGAUCGGGAAGAUAAGCAAGAUCAAGAGGAAAGCUGAGAACGCCAAACAGAAGAGCUUAGAAGAGAAGGAACCUAGUAAAAAGAAGAAGAGGUAAUCUGUUGUUAAUUAAUAAAAUAAGUUAAAGUUU